UUCAUGAAACUGGCGAUUGAGCAGGCGAACCUCUCGGUGCCAGUACCUUCAGGCUACUGCGUCGGCGCCGUACUUGUGCAGGAGACACAUCCAGACCCGGAUUCGGAUCUCCCACAAGAAGACCGCUUUCGUGUGGUGACGACAGGCUAUUCGCGCGAGCUGCCCGGGAACACGCAUGCUGAAGAAGUGUGUCUAAUCAAACUGGCAGCACUGAAGGCCGAAGAAGCCGAGGAGGAACGAGACUCUGCGCAACGGCAAGGGUGGAUUAUGUACAGCACAAUGGAGCCGUGUAGUACGCGUUUGUCGGGAAACAGGUCAUGUUCGGAGCUGUUGAUUGAGUCGCACGUGAGGAAGGUCUAUGUGGGAGUACGGGAACCGGAUCAUUUUGUGAAGAUGGUAGUUGGGGUUGAGAAUAUGGUCAAGCAGGGGAUCGAGGUGACACUGAUUCCUGGAUUUGAGGAGCAGUGUCUUGCGCCGAAUCGACAUGUCCUGCAGCAGAAGACGGAGUGA